CAACGAUAACGACAAGUGAAAUUUGCCAGCAAACGCAGUUGUUAACAAGAAAUGCUAAAUUACAACACAUUAUUAUUGCUGUUAAGAAACAAAAACAAAUGCAAAAUACAUAGUCUCUCUGCUAUGCCGACAUAGUAGAAACCAAAGCAUAAAGCAUCCAACUAUAACGAAAUCUCAAAAUUCUUUACUGUCCUCCAGUCUCUUGUUCGUAUUUUGUGUUGUGACUUUAAUUUAAAUGCAAUAUUUGCUAGCUUAGCUUAUAGAUUAUAAAUAAAUACAAUGUACACAUUAAUGCAUGGCUUCUACAAGCAUCUCACACAAAAAGAUGAAUAUUGCGUGGUUAUUCUGGGCCUUGACAAUGCAGGCAAAACGACCUAUCUGGAGGCAGCCAAGACCAAGUUUACAAAGAACUACAAAGGCCUCAAUCCGGCCAAGAUAACGACAACAGUCGGCCUCAACAUAGGCACCAUCGAUGUGCAGAGCGUGCGACUCAAUUUCUGGGACUUGGGUGGACAACAGGAGCUGCAAUCGCUAUGGGACAAGUACUAUCAAGAAUCACAUGGCGUCAUUUAUGUGAUCGACUCCAAUGAUCGCGAACGCAUGGACGAAAGCAAAGUGAUCUUUGAUAAAAUGAUUAAGAACGAGCUGUUGUCGGGUGUGCCGCUGUUAAUAUUGGCCAACAAACAGGACCUGCCCGAUGUGAUGGGCGUGCGCGAGAUUAAGCCCGUCUUUCAGCAAGCUGGUACCUUAAUUGGACGUCGUGAUUGUCUUACAAUUCCCGUCUCAGCGCUCACAGGCGAAGGCGUCGACGAGGGCAUCAAAUGGCUGGUGGAGGCCAUCAAACGACAUGCUGUAGUGCGUCCGCCGCGUGUAAACGACUAGAGAGAAGCUAAUGCUUAUAGAGGAGAGGAGAAACACAGGCCAACGAAUGAUUCCAGAGCGAAACAGAGAAAGAGAGAGAGGAACGUGUACAGAACAUAGCGUUUAAACAUGUAUCAAAUACAUUUCAUAUAUUUAUAUAGCUCAACAAGGAUAA